UAAUUCAUAAUAUUUGUCAUUAAAAAAAAAACUUAACACAUCAAACAAAUUAAAAAAGCUAAACUAUAUUGUGUGUAAGGUAAAGUCUUAUGAAAGCCCUUCGAAAGAAUAAGAAAUCUUCUACCAAAAAAAUUAGAAUCCUACUUCACAAGUUACAAUCAUCUAACCAAUCAUUAUUAUUGACACGUAUACCUUACAAUGAUUGUAAUCUUCACUUUAAAUAUUCUUUUAUAUGUCAUAACCCUUAUUAGAAGCCAUAGUUUGCGUUUAGGCCACAACCAAAUAAUUUAAUGAAGGCAAAGCUAUCUUAGCUUUUCCUCAUCAUAUUAUUGUCAUUGCUUCUUCCUUGCCAAUACCAAGGAAUAGGGGAAGGAAAUUAAAGGAACCUACUCUUUAAACAAGGUAUGUCUUCUUUUAAUAAUUACUUCCAACACCCCCACAUUCUUCUCCUUCUCAUUCACAAACAUGGAAGAUUUGAACAUGCUUGCGGCCGAUUGUGUCGUCAUAUCAUGCUGCUGCCAGUGCUUGAUGCUGCAAAUUAUUGUGCUUUUGUUGAGAAAGAUGGUGAGGAAAACAAGAGAAUAUGGUAAGAGGAUAUUUUGCCAAAGGAAGGGGGUGCAAAGAGAAAUGGGAUCUUAUAAAGAUGUGAUUUUGAGAAUUCAUGAAAAAUCAUUUAGAAUUCAAGAAGAUGUGGAACUAAUAGAUGACGGUGUACACAAUUGUGGUGGUUGUAUGGUUGAAGUUGAGAAAGUGAUGGAGGAACUUUGUGAGAAGGGAGAGUUUGGAUUUGGAAGCUUUUGGGGUAGGAAGGAACCAUGGGGUGCUGCUAGAGUUGUCAAUGAUCAAAUUGAUGUUAGUUGAUUUGAGACAAAUAUAAUGUGAAAUUGCCAGAGAAUUAGAACUCUUAACUAAAUGUGGUAAUGAACUCAAUUCUUAACUAGUGCAUAUAAAAGAAUAUUUGUUGAAAGAUGUAAGUCUCUUAAAUAGAUCAUUGUAUCAAAAGAAAUUGAUUUAUUGGUUCGUUGAGCUAUAUGCUUAAAAUUGCCUCAUAUAUAUCAAAUUUUUUAAUAUAGUUUAUACAACUUACUAUAGCGAUGUGAAUAUUUCAUUAUAUUGGAUGAGUAUAACUCAUGUUGUAAAGAUUAUUAUUGAUAUUGUUGAGUAUAAUUUAUAUUGGGAAGAUUAUUAUGAGUGUUGUUGAGUAUGACUCAUAUUAUGAAAAUUAUUAUAGGUAGAUAACUAGGGGUGUGGGGGCUUCAGGAGUAUUAUUGUAAUCUAAAGCAUAGUAUUAUAUAUUGCUUGUAACAAUGAAACCCUAAUUCCUUAGAUAGAAAUAAAGCAAUUAUAGUUUCUCUAUAAUUUUAAAGGUAGGCACACUCGGCCAAACUAAAAAAACAAAGAUCGACCGAGUUCAUUGUCGUUUACAUCAGUUUAUCUUUAAUCUUGUGUUGAUUACACCGAGUAAUCCUCAUAGGACUGAAGCAAAUACUUACGACAUCUAAAGGAAAUUAGGCAGACGAACUUCUCCAUUUCCUUUGGGCCUACCAGACCGCACAUCACUCUACCACAUGUGAGACCCCCUUUUGGUUGACCUAUGGGAUGGAAGUCAUCAUCCCUGCUUAAAUAGAAUAAUUAAGUUAGAACAUGACCCACCCCUAACAAAAUAAGACAACUUCAAAGCAAUCAAAGAAGAGAUGGAUCUUUUGGAAGACAAAAAAAGGAGUGCCACGACCCCGUGAGCGUGGUCGUCAAACAAGCAACAACAACCAAAUAUAAAGGGCAAACCCCAAGAAUUCAAAUCGGAGGACCUGGUGUAGAGACACGCCGACGUUUGAGGGAAAUUUAAAAACAUCAGAGAUAACAAGCUAAAAGCUAAUUGGGAGGGGUCGUAUAAGGUUAGAUCCAACAAAGGAAAAUGAGCGCUUUAGAAACGCUGGUUGGAGAACCUAUACCUCGAACAUGGAAUGUGGUAAAACUCAAGAGAUACUACACCUAAGUGUUCUACGAGUUUUAAAUUUUGACCAAAUUGUAAUCCUUCACAUCCAUGUAACGUUUUGAAAGUAAUAAUAUAACAUUCUUUGCAAAAAUCAUUGUCAAUUUUAUUUACAAAAAAUAGGAAGCGCGAAUAAACAUGACUCUUCACGUUAUAGCUGGUACAUCUCCUUUUGGUAGCUAGCCAUUCCAGUGGAGUAGGCGGUGAAACCUUAAACACGUUGAAUUUGAACCAGGCCUAAACUAGGGGGCAUACAAGAAGACUCGACCUUUGGUCGGGCACAGUCCUCGCCUGCGUCAAAUAAUGCAUUAAUCUCAUGUGAUGUAAAUUAAUUAAAGAGGGUUACGAUGAUGAAAUGAAAUCAUAGGCAAAGAAGGCAUUAAGACAAAAGAAAAAUAAAAAUAUUGUUCAAAAUAUAUUACAAAGGUCCCAAUGGCCUAGAACACUACUCAAGUAAAGAAUUACAAAUAUAACGCAUCCAUGUUAGUCUCUUCCUCCUAUUCUUUUCCCUCUUCACCAUCUUCAGAUGCUUUCUCGUCAUUACUCCAGUCCACAAUCUUCUUUAUUAUGCCUAUUUUUUCCAAAGGGAUUUUAAUUCUCGGGAAAAGGAACUGGACUUGCUCGAUGACCUUGUGGAAAGCAACAAGAGUUCCCUGGAUACCUUCAUUAAAGACGGUAGUGUACUCUUUCUACAACUUCUAGAGAGAUUCCUUCUCCUCCUUCAAAGCCUUUUAGGAGACAGUCACUUGGGGAAAUAGCUCCCCAGCAGAAG